AUGCCCCCCAAGAAGAGCAAAAACAUUGCCAAUGUAAAGAACCCAGUGGGCAAGAGCACAGGAGGGGAGAGGAAGAAAAAGAACAAGCGCAAGGCAGAGCGGCCGUGCCGCAGCCCUCCAGAGGAGGAGCAGGUGGUGGCGGUGGAGAAAAAGGAGGUGUCAUGCCCAGGGCAGGCCGCUUCAGCCAAGGGGAUGCGCCCCAACCUCUGUUCGGAGUGUGGGAAGAGCUUCCUACACAGCUCAGAUCUGGUGAACCACCAGCGUAUUCACAGUGGGGACAAGCCCUUUGUGUGCACAGAGUGUGGACACAGCUUCAGACAGAGCUCUACGCUGAUCACGCACCGACGCAUCCACACCGGCGAAGCGCCUUACGCGUGCGGCUACUGUGGCAAGCGCUUCCGCGUCAGCUCUAACUUUGUGCGGCAUCGGCGCAUCCACACCGGGGAGAAGCCCUAUUCGUGCCCCAUUUGUGCCAAGAGCUUCACCGACAAGUCGACGCUGACCCAGCACCAGCGCACGCACACCGGGGAGAAACCGUACCGUUGUGCCGACUGUGGCAAAAGCUUCAGCCGCAGCUCCCAUCGCAAGCGCCACCUGCGCCACCCACCGAGCCGUGGCCAUUCCCGCUGUGCCCACCGGCCACGGCCCCCUCCUGACAGCAGGAAUGGCAAGAUCACGACUGCCAAGGAAACAAAGCCCCCCAAGCGGACAUUAGUGGCUGCUGCAGCUGAGCUGGCCGUGGACAUCCCCAACACAUGCGCUGAUUGCUGGCAGAGCUUCAGUCAGAACUCGGACCUGGUGAAGCACAUGCGCAUCCAUACAGGAGAGAAGCCGUUCCGCUGCAGCGACUGCGGCAAGCGCUUCAGCGUCAGCUCCAACCUCACGCGGCACCAGCGCAUCCACACCGGGGAGAAGCCCUACGCCUGUGACGCUUGUGGCAAGUGCUUCACGGACAAGUCCACGCUGACCCAGCACCAGCGCACGCACACAGGCUCCCAUUCGCGAGGAGAGAGUGUUCAACUUCACCAGAACCCACACAAGAUGCCUCCAAAAAGAACCAAAGGGAAAUUUCCUCAGCUGUCAGGUCAGAAAAGACCAGUGAAGGGUCGGAGGACCUCGGUAGAACAGCAAAAGAAACUCCUAGUAGAGGGGCCAAGGAAAGUUGGCAGCCUGGAUAAAAAAGCAAGAAAACGCAAAGGCACUACUGCUCCCCAGAGAACCUGUUCAGGUGAGAACCCAAACAUCUGCACGGAGUGUGGGCAAACCUUUUCGCAGAGCUCAGACCUGAUUAACCACCAGAGAAUCCACACGGGAGAGAAGCCCUAUAAAUGCUCUGAGUGCGGAAAAACGUUCAGCGUCAGCUCUAACCUGAGCAGGCACCAGAGAAUCCAUACGGGCGAGAAGCCGUACCUUUGCUCCGAGUGUGGGAAAAGUUUCACUGACAAGUCGACCUUGGUUCAGCAUGUUCGAACCCACACCGGAGAGAAGCCCUACCAGUGUAUUGACUGUGGGAAAACCUUCAGCCGUAGCUCCCAUCACAAGCGCCACCUGAAGAGCCCGCCGGAGAAAAGGCAGGGCAAAUGCAGUCACCAGGAGAACCCCGCUGCCAACGCCGUGGCUCCUGGCAAAGCCAAGAAGGCCAGAGCCUCGAAGAAGCAAAACUCUCCCUUCGAAAUCCCCCACACGUGCGCAGAGUGUUGGCAGAGCUUCAACCAGACCUCAGACCUCGUCAAGCACAUGCGCAUCCACACCGGCGAAAAGCCCUUUGAGUGCAACCACUGCGGGAAGUGCUUCAACGUCAGCUCCAACCUUAUCAGACACAAGAGAAUCCACACGGGGGAGAAGCCCUACACCUGCUCCGACUGCGGGAAGAGCUUCACCGACAAGUCCACCCUCACCCAGCACAACCGCAUCCACACGGGAGAGAAGCCCUACACCUGCACUUACUGCGGGAAAAGCUUCAGCCGCAGUUCUCACCACAAGAGACACCAACGGAUCCAUGCGGGAGAAAACCCAGUCUCUUUCCUGCCCCUGUGGCCUUACCCUAACCAAAUGUACUGAGAGUCGCCCCCAUGUGCCAUUUGGUGCGACGGAAUUUGCAGUGGGGCUCUGUCCGGUUGAAGCCCCGGCCAUCCCCUCACAGCACCAGGCACUUCCCAAAUCUGAAUAGAUUUAUGACAUUCACAUGCCCCUGCAGUGGCUAAGACAUCAGCACCCUAAAUCACAAGCAUUCUGUGACGGAACAAAAAGCAGAUUUGGAAGCCCCAGCCAAAGCCCACCUUGAGUCAUUUGGUGAAUGUGAUUGGAGCUCUCUCUACGGGGCUUUUCCUACUUCCCUUUUUUGCAAGGAUCCCUGCCCCCUAUCCAGACCUGCCCUUAAGCACUCUGUUUUAUUUAAUGCCACCUAUGAUGUGCGGCCUUUAAAAAAAAACUCCAUUAAUAGAAAUAUUAUUGCAAUGUAAUAAAGACUCAUGAUGUAUGAUGUUUUCACGUAUUAUUGCCACUGCUCUCCUGAGCAUACAGCGUAGUAUCUUCUG